AUGAAUAUAUCGAAAGUGACAACAUCGCUUGCUGCUGCGGCUGCUGCCGCCGAAAAAGCGAAACCCGAACGUGUAACAUCUGCAACGGCAGCGCUCAAUUUUAAUACAAUCUCCAUACAAAAGCGCAGCAGUGUGGACGACAAUGAUGAUCCAAAUCGCAAGAAACUAAAACGCGACAUUGUUAUAUCCACAAUCAGCGCUGGGCUGGCCAGUAAAACAACUCCGGGCGAGCCACAGACAACAAACAUUUUGGCCGCCUCCAGUAUUGGCGGUAACUUUGUUAGUCAUUCGAAUGCAAAGCCAGACGCUGCUCCAACUCCUGUUGACGUCUGCUGGGAGCAGCGUGAUGACCAAAUAAUUGUUUGUGAAAUGAGCGCCAUUAAGCCAGAGGAGUCGUCCGCUACCAAAAACAUCACCAGCAGCAACAGCAACAACCCAAAGCAAACUUUUGCCAGCUUUACCAAAAAAGAUGUCACAACAGCAUCGGUCUCAUCAUCCUCCUCCACAGCCUCCAUUAUAUCGAUUGAGCCAAGCGCUGAACAGCCAUCAAGCAACAACAACGAGCAGCAGCUGGUCAAAGCUGUGACUGUUGAGGAGCUCGACUAUGUGCUGCUACCUGCCACAACGACGGCUGAGCUAAAGCCGGCAACACACGAGGCAACAGUUACAAAUAAUAAUAAUACUAACAGCAGUGCUAACAGCAGCAGCAGCAAUAGCAGCAACAAUGUGGCUAGCAGCAGCAGCAGCAGCAACAGCAAUGCCUCUGGAAACAUGACGCAAAAGGCAACGCCACCAACACAGCUACAAGCGGGCAGCUAUAACAUGUUCAAUAGCGGCGCCACAACAGCUACUGGCACAGCAACAGCGGCCGCAGCGCUGGUGAAUCGCGUCAAUUUGCAUGCCAAGUUGAAGGGCCAGCAGCUGAUGGUGAACGCCAAGAAGCUGGGCGAGGUCACGCAGACAACGGCCAAGGUGUCCAUUGGUAAUAAGACGAUAUCUGUGCCGCUUUUGAAGCCGCUGGGCAGCACGCAAAUACUUCAGGGCGGGCAAUUGAUGAGCGCCAGCGGUGCAACCACGGCAGGUGGUGCAACAAUUGUUGAAAGCAAACAGCAGCUGGCGACAACAACAACGGCGACGGUAGCCUCACAACAACAGCAGCAACAACAGCAGCAACAACAGCAGCAGCAACAACAACAACAACAACAGCAGCAGCAGCAUUUGCACAUAGCCAAGCUGCUGAAGGGCCCACGUAAAACUCCGACAACAAUUGUCUCGUUUGCCAACGUGCAAAUCAAGCCGGCCAAUACCAAAAUUGUCACCGCCAAGGUGGUUAGCAAGAAGAUGUCGCUGCAAUUUCAGCAACAACAGCAACUGCAGCUGCAGAUACAACAGCAGCAGCAACAGCCCAGCGGCGGCAGCAUUGUUACCAUAACACCAACAAAUGCAAAUCAAACAUUUACCAUGCUGCAGCAACAACCACAGCAGCAGCAGCAGGCCCAGGAUAAACAGCCCGAUGUCGAGCCGCUAGAGCAGCAGCAGCAGCAACAGCCUAAGACCAUCAGUUACAGCGAGAAUAUACAAAAGAUUUUGCUAAACAAAAGUAAAUCGUUGGAUGGAGGCGAUGCUAGCACCGAGUUUGGCAAGAUCAAUAGUGUUGUCAUCAAGCCACUGGACAAGACCCAAUUGCACUGUACGCCCAGCCUUAAUAUAUUCAAGCAGCAGGUGCAGCAGCAGCAGCAACAGCAGCAGCAGGUAGCAUCAGCUGCAGCGGGCGUCGCUGGACACGGCGAGGACACGCUGGUGAAGUCAACAGCUGGCGCCACGCUCUGCACGCGAAAUAUUAUAUCCAUACAGAAGAAUAUUUCGCUGGUGGUGUCCAAGACGGGGCUGGCGCAGCAAAAGCCUAAAAUGAUCACGACAUCAGCGAACAGCGCAACGCUGCAAAUGCAGCCGUUCAAUCCUCACGAGGCUGCCGAGACUGUGGCCAAGCUGCAGCUAAAGGUGCAGCCGAUCAAGCUGAACGAAACACUGUCUGUCAAGCCAGCCGAUGCCAGCGACAGCGAGGCAGCCAAGCCAAAGCUGCUACUGGUCAAGCAGGCAACGGCUCCGCCGGACAGCCAUAAGGAUGCCCCAGCUGAGCAGCAGCAGCAGGACAACAACAACCACAAUCUGCAACAGAUUUCUAUAACAUCGGCGCCGCUGUCCGCGCGCAAGGUAAUCAAUGUGCGUGCUCCCAGCAUGGGUCUAGUCAGCUCGCUGGAGGCGCAACUGGCACGGCCCGUCAUACCGCCCGUCCCAGCGGCCGUUAGCAGCAGCAACAGCAACACCAGCAGCAGCUGCAACACGAUAACCACAACAACGGCAGCAGCAGCAGCAACUGUUGCACCUCCGCCAGCGCCGCAGCUGAAGCAGUCGGUGCAAAUUGUGUCCAAGGAGACCUCCUUUAUAUCCACACCCGUGCUGCCGUCCGCUUUGAUUGUCGAGCCGAGCAUUAAGACAGAUCCGCUGCCACCCCCGCCACCGUACGAGCUGAGCGCCGGCCACGUAUCGAAUGUGACCAUUUCCAUAACGACCAAGCCCAGCAAGGAGCAGCUGCUCAAGCUGAACAAACUGGAAGCACAUGAUGAGGCUCAAGCGCAGGCGGAUGCCGAGAAGCCGCACUCGGCGGCGCCCUUGCACAGCGACAACUGGAAGCUGCAAGAGAAAUCGGCAAAUGCUGCGGCCGCGGCGGCUGCUGCCGCUGCCAAUAGUAGUCUAAGGGAUAUGCCGGCGGGCACAUUGUCCGCCGGCGCUGCGGUCCCGUUGGCCAACAUGUCUGGCAACACGCAGCUAAGCGGUACGCUGGCCACAGGCAGCCAUUCGAUGGCGGGCAGCGGUGGCGCCGGCGGCAUGGGCUCGCCCAUGCUGAAGAAGCGUGUGCGCAAGUUCUCCAAGGUCGAGGAGGAUCACGAUGCAUUUACCGAGAAGCUAAUGACGCACAUACGCCAAAUGCAGCCGCUGCAGGUGCUCGAGCCGUUGCUCAAUCGCAAUUUUCUCAUUGGCAGCGGCCCAUGCUUUGGCAGCAAUGGCAGCAAUGCCAACGGCGGCGGCGGCGGCAAACUGAAGGCGAUAUCGCGUGCACUACAGCUGCAGCGACAGCUCGAUGAUGGCGAGGGCGGCAGCAGCGGCAGCAUUGACUGCGAUCAACUGCUCGGCCGCAUUGGGCACUUGCGUCAUCCCAGCAUCAAGUCGCUGUACGAUAGUGAACGCUUCGGCGGCAGCGGCGACACCACCGCCAAUAACUUUGCCAGCAACGGCAACAACAUCCAGUCUAGCAGUGGCUCACUCUCGAGCAUACAGAAUGACUUUUACGAUCAGGAGUUCUCUACGCACAUCCAGCGCAAUCCGCGCGAGCGUCUGCAGCGCCUGAUAAGCGCGGUGCGCGACUGCAACUUGGAGACCACAGAGCUGGUAGAGCUGCAGCAGCAGCAGCAACAGCAGCAGGCAACGGGCAUGCGUUUGGAUGGGCCCGUUGCCUGGUCGCGGCUGAGUCGUUAUCCGGGCCUGGUGCUGCUUAAUACCAACAGCAAUCAGCGCUGUGCACCGGGACGCAUGUCUCCCGUGGCGCUGGCCAUGGAUGCGAAUACGAUGCGUCCGCCUGUCUCGCCGCUUUUGCGCAGCUGUGGCGAGGAGUUGCGCAAGGCGCAGCAGCUCGAUCUGGGUAUUGGUUUGGGCCACAACCCCAGCAGCAGCGGCACCAGCACCAGCAGCAGCAACAACACCAACAAUACCAACAGCAACAACAACAACAACAACAACAAUUAUCAGCAGAAGAACCAAAAUGUGAUACUCUCACUGCACAAUUCGGCAACGGACAACAUUGCCGGCGUGCUGCGAGAUUUGGCGAAUCUGCUGCACCUGACACCCGCGCUAACCUGCAAACUGAUCGAUGCCUCAACGGCGGACAAGGCCAAGGAGCCAAGCGAAGCAGAGCUGGGUCCUGGCCAGAGCAACUCGGCAACGGCACCGGCAUCGGCACCAGCAACAGCUGUCACUAGUCACGGCAACCUGCGCAAAAUACUCACCGGACAGCGGAAGCUGUGCCGUUGCUGUGGCAGCGUAAUUGCCGCCUUCGGCCUGCGCGUGCCUCAUCAGAAUUUGCCGGAGGAGCAGCCACCGCCCAUGCUGGCAAUGCUGCGUUCGCUGCUGCCGCGCAAAUCUCCGCCGCCCCCGUAUAUAUACUUUUGCAAUCGCAGCUGCUUUGCACAGUACAAAUGGCGCGGCAAGGAGGAGCCUGCCGACGAGGAAGUGGCGGCGGCGGCAGCGGCGGCCUCGGCCACAACUUUGCCUAUAGCUGGCGAUGUGCCCACGAGUAGCACCAUGGCCAUGCUGCCCAUUGAUAAGCAACAACAACAACAACAACAACAACAGCAGCAGCAGGUCGAACAGACGCCAACAACGCCGCCCGUUAAGCGCAAGUGCAUCAUCAAGUACUACAGCGCCGAUUGCUUUGCAGCACACAACACAGAAGGUGCGUCCAUCAAGCAGGAGAAUGAAACAACAACGGCCAAUAAUACCGUCUGGGAGACAGACUGCAAGAUGGAAGCCUUGGAGGAUAGCCGCCAAUGCGUCUUCUGCAAUCAGCGCGGCGAUGGCCAAGCCGAUGGACCCUCACGUCUGCUCAAUUUUGAUGUGGACAAAUGGGUUCAUCUGAAUUGUGCCUUGUGGUCGAACGAUGUCUACGAGACGGUGGCGGGUGCGCUGAUGAAUUUCCAGAUGGCCCUGCAGUCUGGACUGAAUCAGGCAUGCAGCGCCUGCCAUCAGCUGGGCGCCACCAUCAAGUGCUUCAAGUCGCGCUGCAGCAAUCUCUACCAUCUGCCCUGCGCCAUCAAGGAGGAGUGUAUCUUUUACAAGAACAAAUCGGUGCAUUGCAGCGCACAUGCGGCCAGCAGUUCGGCGGGUGUCACCGAAAAUGAGCUCAGCUCGUUUGUGGUCCAUCGUCGGGUGUUUGUCGAUCGCGAUGAGAACCGUCAGGUGGCCACGGUCAUGCACUAUUCGGAGCUAAGCAACUUGCUGCGCGUGGGCAAUAUGACAUUUCUCAAUGUGGGCCAAUUGCUGCCGCAUCAGCUGGAGGCUUUCCACACGCCCAACUACAUUUACCCCAUUGGCUACAAGGUGAGCCGCUACUAUUGGUGCGUGCGCCGACCGAAUCGGCGAUGUCGCUAUAUCUGCAGCAUUGCCGAGGUCGGUUGCCGGCCGGAGUUCCGUAUACAGGUGCACGAUGCCAGUGACAAGGAGCCGGAUCGUGAAUACCGCGACAGUACACCGACGGCCGUUUGGCAACAGAUCCUGCAGCCCAUACAGCGUAUGCGCAAGGUGCACAAAUGGCUGCAGCUCUUUCCACAGCACAUCAGCGGCGAGGAUUUGUUUGGUUUAACGGAGCCGGCUAUUGUACGGAUAUUGGAGAGUUUGCCGGGCAUUGAGACGCUCACCGAUUAUCGUUUCAAAUAUGGACGCAAUCCGUUGCUGGAAUUCCCGCUGGCCAUCAAUCCGUCCGGUGCGGCGCGCACCGAGCCCAAACAGCGUCAGCUGCUUGUCUGGCGGAAGCCGCACACACAGCGCACCGCCGGCAGCACCCAACGCAUGGCCAAUUCGGCGGCAAUUGCCGGCGAGGUGGCGUGUCCGUAUAGCAAACAGUUUGUUCACUCAAAGAGUUCGCAGUACAAAAAGAUGAAGCAGGAAUGGCGCAACAAUGUCUACCUGGCGCGAUCAAAGAUUCAGGGCCUCGGCUUAUAUGCAGCACGCGACAUCGAGAAGCAUACGAUGAUCAUUGAGUAUAUUGGCGAGGUAAUACGCACGGAAGUAUCGGAGAUACGUGAGAAACAAUACGAAUCAAAGAACCGUGGUAUCUAUAUGUUCCGCUUGGAUGAGGAUCGCGUUGUCGAUGCAACACUGAGCGGCGGUCUGGCGCGUUAUAUCAAUCACUCCUGCAAUCCAAACUGUGUCACAGAGAUCGUUGAGGUUGAUCGCGAUGUGCGCAUCAUAAUAUUUGCCAAGCGUAAAAUCUAUCGAGGCGAAGAGCUCUCGUACGACUACAAGUUUGAUAUUGAGGAUGAUGCGCACAAGAUACCCUGCGCUUGUGGUGCACCCAAUUGUCGAAAGUGGAUGAAUUAGAGCCCAGCAGCAGCACCACCACCAACACCACCACCAACACCAGCUCCUACGCCCAUACAACAAACACCAGCAGCUACAAAAAGAGUUCGGGUGCUCCCUCCCAGUGAACACGAUUUGAAUUGUUGUUAUUCACAUGUUGUAUACAACCACAUCAAAAUAGUAUAUAUUCUUUAAGCAGUAUAUAUGUACAUAUAUUUAUUAGAUAUA